AUGUUAUGUCUUCAAAGUUUAUGGUGGUUUUAUGAUCAGAAUGUGACCAAAGCAAUCAAGCACAAAAUCCCCAAGAUCUAUCCCAUACCAACAGAAUCCAGCCCACUCUCUCCCUUCUAUUCGGAUCCGUACAAGGGAUAUGCUCGAGCUUUUCCAAAAUGGGAUCAGACUCAGUUUCCCUGUGGACCGUUGAUACCCGAUACUACCUUGGGAAAACGAACUCCUUCCGAAGAGGGCUUUUUGUUUGUCAAGGAAAUGAAGUCGGGAUCUACCACUCUUGCGGGCAUUACGGCACGGAUCGGUCGGAAUAUAGCCCAACGAAACUUUGGAGCCAAUGCGACUACUUCUUGUACGGUUCGCAUGGUACAUACACGAGCGAGAAGAUAUGCUAGUCGACAACUUGCCAAGAGUUUUCUGUGGAGUGUGGUGCGAGAGCCCGUUUCGCGAUUAUUCAGCAAAUUCUUUCAUUUUGAAGUCAGUCGGAAGGGUGUCAGACCUAGCUUGGCCAAGUUUCAGUCCUUUAUCAGUGACAAUGAAAUCAACGACUAUGCAUACUACUUCAAGACGCUUUCUGUCCGACAACGAUUGAAUCCCUACCGAACGGAACUGUACGAAGAAUUUCUACAAGAUUUACUGGACGGCUACAAUUUCAUUGGGAUCAUGGAACGUUUUGAUGAAUCACUGGCAGUAUUACAGUUACUACUGGGGUUGGAGACCCAAGAUAUGUUGUAUCUGAGUACCAAAACAAACGGAAUGUACGAUCGCUUUCGCAACGUCUGCAUCAAAAUCCAACCUACCAUAGUGACCCGACUCAUGAAAGAAUAUGUGUAUUCACCCGUGGUUGAGGCCUUUACGGAAGGGGAUGUUUUGGUUUAUCAAGCUGCGAACAGGAGUUUGGAUUUGACCAUUGAGCAAUUGGGGCGACCAGUGGUCGAAAAAGCCGUUCAACGACUGCAAUGGGCCCAAAAACGAGCCGAGGAAAAAUGCAUUGGGGGAACAAAGUUUCCUUGUUCGAAUGACGGGAAACUACAGGAUAAAACUGAUUGCUUAUUCGCAGAUGUGGCCUGUGGAUACAAAUGCUUGGACGAUUUUGGGAAAAGCUUGUCGGAGAAUGAAGACUUUCGAUCCUUGAUUGACAGUCAACUUCAAUAG